AUGUUAGUUACCUCAACCGCUCGACCGCCUGCUUCGUUUCUGCCGGUGAGCCGGCAAGAACCAGAUCGGCGUGACAGCAUCAGUCGAUCAUGUGUCAUCAAUUUCUUCGUCGAUUCGCACGAUACUGACAUGAUCUGUUCAACCAGCGCCCCUCCGGAGGAUUCGCUGCGGCCGUUGAAUCUGCCUGACACAAUUACAUCGAACGCUCACGUCUCGCCUCGCCUUUGA